GAGUCGGCUGUGUUGUGCUGCGGCGCUCGCAGGCGUCCUUCGCUCGCGCCGGGCGAGGCAGGCCGUGGUCGGCGCCGGUGCACUCUAGACUGGGAGCGGUCGGCGGGGCAGCUGAGCUGGCCCGGGCGGUCACCCGGAGCCGGCGGAUGUGCAGCGGGCCGGCCUCUGUUGUCAGCCGGAGGAGACUGGAGUGAGACGAGCGCACUUCCUCAGCUGUCUAACACAGUACACCGGGCGCGGCCGGCAUGGCUCUGGAGUCGAGCGGCGAGGGCCGGCCGCUGCUGGAGUCGCCCGGCUCGCCGGCCGAGGCCCCGGCCCAGGCGGUCAGCCGGCAGCUGGCCGUGCGCUGGAGCUGCCUGGAGGCGCUGGAGCCGCCGGAGCCGCCGCCGCCGCCGCCGCACCAGCUGGCCAAGCCGCCAGCCUACAGCAGCAUGCUGAGCACCGACUCGGGCUGCGAGUCCGAGGGCGGCGCGUCCGACAGCGUGUACAGCACGGUCACCUCGUGCACCUCGGACCUGGUGCGCCUCCAGCUGGACCCGCUGCCCGCCGAGGGGGCAGACUGCGAGGAGUCGCAGCAGGAGCGGCCCGGCGCGGCGCCGGCCGAGGCGGUCGCCCCGCCACCGCCGCCGGCAGACCCAGCGGACGAGCGAAGGGUGCGGAGCUGGAGCCUGGAGGCGCGGGGAGCCGCCGAGGCGGCGGCCGAGCCGGCGGUCGGCGCGCCCGAGGCCGCCGAGGCGGACCUGCUGCCGGCGCCGCUGCGCCACUCCUACUCGGAGCCGUCGCUCACGACGUCUGCGUCGACGGCGUCGAUGCCCAUCUGCCGGAUCUGCCACAUGCCGUCGGAGGAGCGCGCCGAGCUCAUCUCUCCGUGCCGCUGUGCGGGCACGAUGCAGUACAUCCACACCGCCUGCCUGAUGCACUGGAUCGAGGUGUCGAGCCGGCGCUCCAAGCGGCCGCCCUGCUGUGAGCUCUGCCAGUACCAGUACCAGCGGCACAAGCGGUUCCGCGUCGGCCGCUGGAUCGUGCCGGCCGUCUCCACGCGCGACAAGGUGCUCCACUCCGUCUUCAUCCUCACCGCCAUCGUUAUGAUCACCUGCGCCGUUAUCACCAUCUUCUGCUUCAAGCAGGACUCGGGGAAGCGUCGCCUUAUGUACGACGAGGCGGAGCUGACGCCCAACGAGACGGUGACGCUCGUCUGCGGCGUGCUCUUCUUCGCCGGCUUCUUCAUCGGCAUGUACUGCGAGGUGAAGGCCAAGUAUUCCAUGUACCACCUGGUGUCGCGCGUCUUCUACCUGAACCAGCAGUGGUUCAUCGAGGAGUACGACCGCGCCAAGGACGAAAAGUUCCGCGGCUCGCCGCCAGGCGGCUCUGCCGUCUGACACUCCGUGUAGUUCGGGGGCGGUUGGCGAGGACCGUGAGAACAGCUCAGGAUGCAGAUCAGCUGAGUGGCCGGGCGCCGCACACUGGGAGCUUUUGAAAGAGCCGAGCGGUCUGUCAUAUGCAUUGCUCGCGGGCCACUGUGUGGCUCGUGUGAGCGGUGUGGUCCGAAACGGACCGACUGUGAGAGGCAGACUGUCGCCGGGUAGCGGCCCUGGCGGAACGCGAAUCAAAUGCGGCAGUGCGGCUACAUGCGCAGCACGGGCCACUGGCUAGGUGAUGACGACUUUGUCCAGUCUCGGUCAUUUGCCGCAUAGAAUGAGCAUGGGCGGACGGGUUUGUAUCAAGCUGCACUGUGUGCUUGCUAGCUGCCAGCUUGAGAUGAGUACUUCUCUCGUUCCCCUCCAGUACAAACAGAUGGUCAGGUAUACCAAAGGACGUGGCAUACCAGCGUAUGCUGCAUGUGUAACAGGAUGCUUAACGAAUACGCACUAAAACAAUCCGGUCCACCUUUGUUUGGAGCUGUCAGUGCAUACUAUCGUGUAGACCCACGGGAAGUCUGCAAAUGCUUCGAAUGUUUAUAUUCUGUCCUGGCUGUGGGCGGGGUGAGCCAGCCAUCGAGUCUCACUGUCGUGUACUUAAUGUAGUCAACGAGUCGACAUGCUUUCCCGACUCUUCUUGUUGCCGCCUAUUCUUUUCUGAGUGUACAGAAUCAGUAUGUUAUAUUACCUAUGAAUAUAAUGCAGUAAGGUAUAAUAUGGCCAGAUUGUUCAUUGUGCCGGAUAUGUACAUCAAGGGCGUCAUUUUGUCACGUAUGGUUUUCAUUUGUCAAUUGUCAUGCCAAUAAACUGGGUAACGUGAAUACAAACACUGUUUGCA